CGUCGUCGUCGUUUCCGCACCACCACCACCACCACCACGCGCUGCACCCAAUCACGCGGUACCUGGUCCACCGCACGCGCCACCUGCCGGUGGAGUCGCUUCUGGUGCGGUUCGAACACGCGUUCCUGUGGAUGCUGGUGACGAUUCAAUCCAUGAGGAGCGGGAGGAAGAUAGGGAGGAAGAUCUUGGUGGCGAUGAUGGUGAUGGUGGUGGUGUCGCUUUUCGUGAAGGUUUCGAUGAUCGGAGGGAUGGUUGAGAUGAACGGAAAGAGCAUCGAGAACGGGCAGUUGAUAUUGCAGAGGUUCAAACACGAUUGGAUAUCAGCGCAGAAGGUUGUUACGGAAACCGACACCACGGAGACUCAAACUUCAAUGCCCAAAAGGGUUCUUGAGAGGAUCGAAAUUCCAGAAAUAUGGAGGAAACCAAAUAGUGACAACUAUUACAAAUGCAUUUCCAGACCCAAGAAUCGACCCAAAUCAAAAAAGACCAAUGGCUAUCUUCUUGUUCAUGCCAAUGGUGGAUUGAAUCAAAUGAGAACUGGGAUAUGUGAUAUGGUUGCCGUGGCAAAAGUAAUGAAUGCCACACUUGUUCUUCCUUCCCUUGAUCAUGAUUCAUUUUGGACUGAUCCAAGUGACUUUAAAGAUAUUUUUGAUUGGAGGCACUUCAUGAAAGUUUUGAAAGACGACAUUGACAUAGUUGAGUAUUUGCCGGUUAAGUAUGCAUCUGUCAAGCCACUUCUCAAGGCCCCAGUUUCUUGGUCAAAGGCUAGUUACUACAGAGGAGAGAUUCUACCACUGUUGAAGCGACACAAGGUCAUACAGUUUACUCACACGGAUUCUAGACUUGCCAACAAUGGCAUUGCUUCCUCAAUUCAGAGGCUUCGAUGCCGUGCCAAUUACGAAGCUCUCAGGUACACAACAGAGAUUGAAGAGCUAGGAAGGACACUGGUGAACAGGCUAAGAACCAAUAAUGAACGAUAUAUUGCCCUUCAUUUAAGAUAUGAGAAAGACAUGCUAGCUUUCACUGGCUGCAGCCACAAUCUAACAGCAGAGGAAGCAGAGGAACUAAGGGUUAUGAGAUAUGAAGUGAAGCAUUGGAAGGAAAAAGAGAUUGAUAGUGUGGAGAAAAGAUUGCUUGGUGGAUGCCCUAUGUCACCAAGGGAGGCAGCCGUUUUCUUGAAGGCAAUGGGGUACCCUUCAUCGACGACAAUCUACAUUGUCGCCGGGCCUAUAUAUGGUAGCAAUAGCAUGGCGGCAUUUAGGGCAGAGUACCCUAAUGUCUUCACUCACUCUACUCUUGCAACUGAGGAGGAGCUGGAGCCUUUCAAGCCAUACCAGAACCGGCUCGCUGCCUUGGAUUAUAUCGUGGCAUUGGAGAGUGAUGUGUUUGUUUACACUUAUGAUGGAAACAUGGCAAAGGCUGUGCAGGGCCAUAGGAGGUUUGAAGGAUUCAGGAAAACUAUCAAUCCUGACAGAUUGAAUUUUGUGAGACUGAUUGAUCAAUUGGAUGAAGGUUCCAUGGAAUGGGAAGCAUUUUCUUCUGAGGUCAAGAACUUGCAUUCUAAUAGGCUAGGUGCUCCUUAUCUUAGACAGGUAGGCGAGUCGCCAAGAAUUGAGGAGAAUUUCUUCGCGAAUCCCUUCCCCGGUUGUGUAUGUAACAAGUCUCAGGAGAUGAUCACUGCACUGAAACUUGAUCAUCGAAUCGGCCUCGACUCGCAAAGAUAGUACACUGGAUUUUUUGAUACGUAGUUAAAAUUGGUUGGGGUUCUUCACAAUGUGUAUUGUGUUAAAAAUGGCACUGUAUUUAAGAAAAGGUUAAAAAAAGGGAAAAGCUCAUUCAUGUUGUUAUGGUGGGAAUGUUGCUUCUUCCUUUGUUUCAAGCCAAGUUUGAUGUGGCUGCUGAAGAAUCUAAAGGGACAUUUGUGUUAGGGUUCUUCUCAUUUCACUAAAAAGUAUGAGUUUCCGUUUUAGAGAAGGAACAGAUAGAAGGUUUUUUGUGUAUAAUCAAUACAAGGCAUAGAUUAAGAUUAUAGUGGGAGAUUGGCAUUUAUGACGAAAUUACCCUCGUGGAAGUGGAGGGGAUUAUAAUGUAUUCAUUGAUUCUUUUUUGAGAAAAACAAUCUCCAAAUGGAGCAUAUAGUUACAAUUCUUCAAGGAUGUAACAUUUGAAACAUAGGAAUUUUUUUUCCCAUUGAA